AUGUACUAUAGCGCGCACGCAUGCGCACACAUUCAAUACACAUCAUACGGAUUCUUUAGCAUGGCCCCGGCGCCUUUUUUGUUCAACUUCAUCCACCGCAUAGGGCGGCGCCUGGACCCGGCGGACAUUUCCGUAGAGGAGUUUGUGCGGGCCUUGUCGAAGAGGAAAAGAAGAGAAAAGAGCGAAGCAGCGGAGACAAAUGAAAACAAGACAAACGAAAACAAGACAAAUCAAAACAAGCCAGACGAAGACAAAGCAGACGAAGACAAAGCAGACGAAGACAAAGCAGAAAGAGUGGGCACGCCAGAGAAGGCGACGAACAGAGACGGCACGGAAAAUGGAAAAGUCAGCAAAUUUGCUGGUCCAAACCCAGCAAUUCCAAAUAAACAAAACAUUGCGAGCGAUGUGUUGUCGAAAGACGAUGUGUUUUCGAAAACGGACUUCUCUCGGCAGCCAAUUGAAGGUCAAACGGCCAAAUCUACUCAUAUCCGAAAGCCAGAGCAGCCACUGCUCGCUACUACGGCUCAACACUUGAAACCAGAGAGCAGGCAAGAAUCUUCCAUACAGAAAAAGUCCUUCGAUCGCACAAGCAGAGACAAAGCGGCAGAUGGCCCUCCGCACAAGAAGCGGCGAUACAAAAGAUACGAGCAGACGAAAACUCGGCUUGUCAUCAACCCAUCGUCCGAAUCCGACUCCGACUCCACCAUUUCUCGCGUCGAGCGGUUUCCCCACAAAAGCUCCGAUUAUGUGGAGGUGGAGCAGCUGAUAUUGGAUGACUUAGACUAUGAGGGCCAUCAGAUUGCACAGCAAUUGUUUGUUCCUGAAUCUCCAGAGCCAAAACCCACAGAACGCCCAAAGUUCCGUACUCUGCUCUUGGCUCGGCAGAACUCCUCGCCAUACCAGGAAAUCGUCUCACAAUCGACGCCAAGACAAGACAGUACAAGAAUGCUGCCCUCCCGACUCCGACGGGGAGACUCUCCACCGGUCCCCACUUCCAAAUCUCGAGAGUCAGCAUCUACAGGGUUCGCUAACCUACAUUCGAGUCAAAACUCGAGCCUACAGCAUGGUCAGAAUCUCAGCGCAGUACCACGGCCUCCACAUAUCCAGCCUACCCAGUCUUCCCAUACUUCUUUGAAAAAAGAGUCGCCCCAGCAACACCGGAUCUCGCGCUGGAUAGAAAAUGAUCAAGUACGGAAUACUUCCACUGUCUCAGACCAGUACCACACGCCUAAGAAAUACGCCUCGCUGCCCCACGUAAACAGUUCGGAGAGAAAAAGGAAGAUUCAGCUCAUUCCAUUCGACAACAAGAAGGACAUUAAUAAUCAGCUACGCGAGCGCUUCCGAAAGGCGGGGCGUCGUUUUGAUGGUUUCGGCGUGGACCAGGAUUUGGACUUAUCCUUUUAG